GUAGACUCAAAUUAAAUCUACCUUCUCAGCGUAAUGUGACAAAAAUUAGUGCCCGCACUCGCACAUUCAUCGUGAUUCAGUUAACGCGCAGCGUUCAAUGUUUAAGAGUGUAUGACUUUAUAGAAUUUAAAAAAAAUGCAGUCGAUGUCUGACAAUGCGAUCGACAAAAUGAGCCCUGAAGAUCGUUGUAAUCCGGUGAAAGCAGUGAAAAUUGGUUAUCCGGCAAUAUGUCGGGCAAUCGUCCGAGCUCAUCGUCGGCAACCUGCUAAAAGUUUAAUUGCUAUGAAUACACUUUCUAAGAUCUAUCAAUCAGAAGCUAACGAAAUCCUCAAAGAGUGCAGCAAACUAGAUCGAAUGUUGAUACGAAAAAAUAAUCCAGAAGCUGAAACUGAGAGUAAUUCGACGGUGUCAAUCGAAAAAAUUAUGUCUGGGAUAAAAUCGGCUCGAAAAGAAUCUAAUGUUAGUGAAGAAUCGACUUCAGAGGAAUUGCUGUCAUGGAGCCGAGGUAAUACGGAGGAAAAUAAAUCAUCACAUAAGACACUGCAACCCAUCAUAGAAUCUACUGAUGGUGACAUAUAUGAAGAAACACCGUCAAUGGAAGAUCCUUCAAAGUUGAAUGAUGCGACAAUCGAUGACGAAGAAUUGUCUACUGAAAAAAACCCUGGUAACAAUAUUGACGCUGCCGAAUCUGAAAUGAUAACUUCAACUCGACGCAAUUCUUCAAAACAGAAGACGACAAAUUCAAAUGAUCCUUCAAAGUUGAACGAUGCGACAAUCGAUGAUGAAGAAUUGUUUACUGAAAAAAACCCUGGUAACAAUAUUGACGCUGCCGGAUCUGAAAUGAUAACUUCAACUCGACGCAAUUCUUCAAAACAGAAGACAACAAAUUCAAAUGAAUCAAUAUCAACUACAAAAGGCAUAGCUGGAACCCCUUCAAAAGUAACUAAGACAUCAAAACUAAAAAUAAAUCCUUCAAAGUUGAACGAUGCGACAAUCGAUGAUGAAGAAUUGUCUACUGAAAAAAACCCUGGUAACAAUAUUGACGCUGCGGAAUCUGAAAUGAUAACUUCAACUCGACGCAAUUCUUCAAAACAGAAGACGACAAAUUCAAAUGAUCCUUCAAAGUUGAACGAUGCGACAAUCGAUGAUGAAGAAUUGUUUACUGAAAAAAACCCUGGUAACAAUAUUGACGCUGCCGAAUCUGAAAUGAUAACUUCAACUCGACGCAAUUCUUCAAAACAGAAGCCAACAAAUUCAAAUGAAACGUUGAAAGAAGAUUUAUCAGGGUCAAGGAAGAGAACAAGAACAUCUUCGCGUGCAAUUGGCACACAGACGGAAGAAGACACACAACCUUCGUCAAGUCGCCAGCGCAUACAAAAGCCUCUACUACCUUCUCUUCCAUUUGGGCAACUUGUUGUCAUUGAUGAGAAUGGAACUCCAUGUAAACUUGUCACUAUGUCAAUAAACCCAAAAUACUUUACUAAUUUUAAUAAAUAGUUAUUAUGAUAAUUUUAAUUGUUUCUAAAUCUCGGUGACUAUGACAACUGACAUCUGUGGUAUCUUUGUUAUCGGCCAUUGACUAACUGAUUUUGGCAUUUGAUUAAGAUUCACCGUGAAUUUUACUACUAAAUACGUAUACGUAAUUCUUUGACAUUAAAUUGGGUUAGUGUCUGGCUUGCAUCUUCUGUAUAGCAGAAUUUAUAUUCAAAUUAUUUAAAAAUAAUCUAAUAAAAAUUCAGGAAAUAGAGCUCAAAAUUUUAUAUCUCGUCAGCUACAGCUUUAAGCCACUGUAAAAUUUGAUUACGAUAGCAGUAAUUUUAUUAAAUUAAAUACGUCGAUAGUUUUGUUUUUGAUUUUAUACGUCAAUUACAAGUACAAGAAUAAACAAAAAAUGUUCCAUGUGGGUUUCGUUUUUACACUAUGGAUAUGCCUUUUGUCAACAGUUAUUUUUUAGAGUGUACCUGUACACUCUGUAACAUAGAUACAGGCAGACUAGGUAUAGUGAUAAUGUGUAUUAAAAUUGAUUGUUAUAAUUAAAUAUGUAUAUAUAAAAAUUAACUGUUUCAUUCUCCAUUCUAACGUUUUUAAAACGUAAACCAAAUAUCAAAAAUUUCAGUUUAGAAAGAGGUAACCCUAGGAAACGAUAGCACCAUUUUGCAAGAAGAAUGCCCGCUCUAAUUAUUAUUAAUAUUCCACUUACUAUUGUACUAAUAUUUGGAAAUUAUGAAUU